CACCUGGCUGUGACAGCUUGCGGCUUCACAGUCGGGUGCCCACUGCGCAUGCGAGACAAGUGCUGCGCUUUGUCCGCAAUGUUUGGUCAUCUCCUGUACUAUAACUGCAGUCUCUGGUCAUCUCCUAUACUAUGUCCACAGUCUCUGGUCAUCCCCUGUACUAUGUCCGCAGUCUCUGGUCAUCCCCUGUACUAUGUCUGCAGUCUCUGGUCAUCUCCUGUACUAUGUCCGCAGUCUCUGGUCAUCCCCUGUACUAUGUCCGCAGUCUCUGGUCAUCUCCUGUACUAUGUCUGCAGUCUCUGGUCAUCCCCUGUACUAUGUCCGCAG